GGCUGCGUCUGUUUUGACAGUUUGCUGAUUAGCAAGUGUUUUUAGCCGGUUUUGUUUUUUUUUAUACAUAUAUCUCCGGGGCUAGUCUAGAAAUUCCAGAAAUUCAUAUUUAUUUUGUAAUAAAAUCAUGGCCCAAGCAUCUAGCAAAGGUAUGCCAAAAAUACAACUUGGCGACUAUAUAGUAAUUCAGCGUCAAAAGUAUACAAAGCUGCAGAAGUUUGGUAGCUUGGAUGCGACGUCUAUGCUCGGUAAGGAACAACUGGAAUUGCGCGGUCUUUUGGAUCAACCCUAUUGUGCCACAUUUAAAAUGUGUGCCAAGGAGAGUACGCCAUCUAAACAGAAAGGACAACGUAAUCAACGUCUACAUACAUUGAAGUUGUGCAAUGAAAUGGAAUUAAAAAAUAUACGUGAACGACUAGGAAUUUCGGCAAGUGGGGCUGAUAACCGUGACAUAAUUGACAAUGGUGAUUCGCAAACACUGCGCCCAGAGGAUAUUGAACAGUUACGCGAAACACAUAGUGAAUCCACCAAAAUUAUUGAGAAGAUUGUAGAAAAUUCAAAAACUUUUCACUCGAAGACAGAAUACUCGCAGGAAAAGUAUUUGCGCAAAAAGGAGAAGAAAUAUUUUGAAUUUGUACAGAUACACAGACCCACAUUGCGUUUAAUCACUGAGAUUUAUUAUCGACAAGAUGCUGACAAAGUGAUGGGUAUGCGUUUGGAUACACUUUCACAACUUAUUUCAUAUUCGGGAGUUUCUGCUUUUGGUAAUUACUUGAUGUAUGAAAGUGGCACAAAUGGCCUACUGCCGGCUAGUUUCCUAAACUCAAUGGGAGCUGGUACUGAGGCGACUUUGGUACAUAUGCAUCCAGGGAACGUGCCACAAAAGCAAGCAAUGUUGGCUUUAAAUUUGCCACUUGAGCAAUUGCAACGCUGCAUCUCGGUAAAUUUGUAUUCCGUAUUGCGUCAGUACUAUCAAGGCGAAGGUCAAGAAUUACCAAUUACAAACGAGCCAGGUACGCCGAUAGAAGAGCGAGAACCCAGCAGUAAAAAACAAAAAUUGAACGAUGGCGAUGCUGCGCCUUCCACAACGUCUUCAACAAGUAGUGACAGCAACGGCGAAAUCAAUGAAAUAAAAACAACGGCAGCGAAAUUAGUUGCGCCAAUACAGAAAUGGCAACUGGAAAAUCGUCGAGCCUGCGAUUUGAUGAGCGGGAAGUUCGAUGGACUUGUGAUUGCAGCUAAAGAGCAUCCUAGUAACAUUCUCCAAGCCUUAUUACCAUUUAUGAAACCAUCCCGACCGAUUGUUGUGUAUAGCCAGAGUAAGGAGCUGUUACUGGAACUGUACGUAGAGUUAAAGAGCUGUUCAAAUGUGACAAACCUGCAUUUGACAUCGAAUUGGCUGCGUCAUUAUCAAAUAUUACCUAAUCGUACGCAUCCAGAAGUAAACAUGAAUGGUAAUAGUGGUUACCUCUUGACCGGAUAUAGUAUAGUUUAACAUAUGUAAGCAUACAUAUAUAUUUUUUUAAAUAAUAUAACUAUUUUUUUGAUCACAUACAGUACAUUAAAUUCUAACUGUUGUGAGCAUUU